AUGGACCUCGCCGGCAUCUGCUCCAGCUUUCAGUCGGACUUGGAUUUCUGCCCAGAUUGCGGCUCGGUCCUGCCUCUGCCCGGGGCUCAGGAUGCGGUCGCCUGUACCCGCUGUGGCUUCUCCAUCAACGUGCGAGACUUUGAGGGAAAGAUUGUGAAGACCUCAGUUGUGUUUAACAAACUGGGGACAGCCAUGCCUUUGUCGAUGGAGGAAGGACCUGAGUUCCAGGGACCCGUGGUUGACAGGCGCUGCUCUCGAUGUGGGCACGAGGGAAUGGCGUACCACACCAGGCAGAUGCGAUCAGCGGAUGAAGGGCAGACCGUCUUCUACACCUGUACCAACUGCAAGUUCCAAGAGAAGGAAGAUUCUUGA